GCAGUGAGCAUGCUCGGCGCCCCUCCUGCGGGAAGAGGAAGCUGGCUGCAUAGGAGUCACACCGAGCGUAGCCAGCAUGUCAGCGCAGUCAACUUGCAGCGGGCUGUGAGGGCGGCGAGCGGGGCUUUGUCCUAGGAAGUGCGCGGCGUGCUUUUCUUUAUUACCCCCGCUUCAUCUCCAAGAACGACUCGUAAGGCCUUCGAAACGCUUUUCUUAACGCUCCACUGAGGAUACAGCACGUAUACCGUCUACCAAGAAGCCCUUGACGGGUUUUGUCGGAGUGUGGUUGUGUGUGCGCGCGCCUUUUUUUUUUUUUUUAACUUUUACAUACUUUGUUUUGAUCGUCGGAGGCCGGGCCUCCGUCUUUGGGAAGUCGAAGAGAAGAGCCAGGAGCUACUCAGCAACACUUGAUAUUUUGAAACCUCCUCUUUUGGGGCGAAGGCAAAGAGCUGGUUUUCUUUGCUAGCCCGAUAAAUGCUAUUUAUGAAGAUGGACCUGUUGAACUACCAGUACUUGGACAAGAUGAACAACAACAUCGGCAUUCUGUGCUACGAAGGUGAAGCUGCUCUCAGGGGAGAGCCCAGAAUGCAGACCCUCCCGGUGGCCUCUGCCCUCAGCAGCCAUCGCACUGGCCCUCCCCCAAUCAGUCCCAGCAAGAGGAAGUUCAGCAUGGAGCCAGGCGACGAGGACCUCGACUGUGACAACGACCAUGUCUCCAAGAUGAGUCGCAUCUUCAACCCCCAUCUGAGCAAGACUGCCAAUGGAGACUGCCGGAAAGACCCCCGGGAGCGGAGCCGCAGCCCCAUCGAGCGUGCUGUGGCCCCCACCAUGAGCCUGCACGGCAGCCACCUGUACACAUCCCUCCCCAGCCUCAGUAUGGAGCAGCCCCUUGCACUGACCAAGAACAGCCUGGAUGCCAGCAGGCCAGCCGGCCUGUCGCCCACACUGACCCCAGGGGAGCGGCAGCAGAACCGGCCCUCGGUGAUCACCUGCGCCUCAGCCGGCGCCCGCAACUGCAACCUCUCACACUGCCCCAUCGCACACAGCGGCUGUGCUGCGCCUGGGCUGGCCAACUACCGGAGGCCACCGAGCGCUGCUACCACCUGUGACCCCGUGGUGGAGGAGCAUUUCCGCAGGAGCCUGGGCAAGAACUACAAGGAGCCCGAGCCGGCGCCCAACUCCGUGUCCAUCACGGGCUCUGUGGACGACCACUUUGCCAAAGCGCUGGGUGACACAUGGCUUCAGAUCAAGGCGGCCAAGGAUGGCGCAUCCAGCAGCCCAGAGUCAGCCUCGCGCAGGGGCCAGCCCGCCAGCCCCUCUGCCCACAUGGUCAGCCACAGUCACUCUCCCUCCGUGGUCUCCUGAAGGGAGCGCCUCCCUCUAGCAGCACGUGGAUCUGCAUGGUUUGCCUGAGCUUUGAACAGUCAGUGCUUUAAAAAAAUGGAAAAAAAUCGUGGGGGGGUGGGGGUGGGAGGGGAAGGGAUGGUUUAUUCGCAAAAACCAUGUUGGGAUUUUUGUUCUGUUCUGUUUUUGUACUUGCUUGGUAUUCGUACAAGGGGGCCCUCAAACAUGAUAGCAGGAACUACGUGUGGAACAUCUGUCUAAUGUAGCAUCCUUACUUCCUGCCUCAGUUACCAAAGAAACCUCUGAUGCAGGUCUGCCGCCCCAACGGGGUCAGGACCCCACACGCGCUUUCUCCGUCACAAGCCAUGACCACAUUGGUGACCCAGAUGCUUUGUGCUCUUCCCUUUGCUUCUCGAGACCGGGGUGUGUGCGGCUCAGCUUCCAUUGUGCUCGGCUCGGUCCGUGUGUGUGUGUGUGUGUGUGUGUGUGUGUAUACUUGAAGAGGACUGUCGUGUCUGAUUUGCACUAUUGGAGGACUAAAGUUGCCUGCCUGACAACUUUAUGUGUGAUGCUAGUACUCUGAGGGCAAACUGCUGAAAACAAAGGGUUUAAGGAUGACAUUUCUGACCAUUUGUGUGUUUUGUUAUUUUUUUUUUUUUUUUUUUAUUUAGACAAAACAGCUUUGGAAGGGGAAGUCUCAUACAGGUUAUAGGUCUUUCUCUCUCUAGACUUCAGGUGCUUGCAACUGGACUGCAGACUCUCCCAGUCACGGGCAUUUUACCUUCUCUGAACACUGCAGUUUGUUAGACUUAGAGCUGAGGUUGGAGGAUCCCAUAGUGCUUUAAAUGUGAUGCAUGUUUUAAUGGAGAAAAAAAUAGCUGGUUUCUAUUAAUUGUAUAGACAGUAAGCGAAAACCUUAACACUUACUAUCUUCUUUUCAGAAUUAGUUUAUUUUUGUCAGUUACAGUCCUAGAUAUACUUACUGCUGGUACAGUUGUACUCUAAGAUUUGUAUUUGAUGUUCACUUUACUCACAAGUAGCGCCGGGGACAGCCAGCUCCUGGCAGGCCCUCGUGAUGAGCAGUCGAGCAGUCGAAAGCCUCGACGUCGCUUGCUGGAGAUUUUGCUGCAGGCUGGCGUCAUCGUUAUUUUCUGCAUUCCUGUCUGCUUUGUUACAGGCUCCCAGGGGAGGUGGGGCUUGUGUCUUCCUCGAUGCAGAAACUGCUCUUUUGCAUUCUUGGCUGAACAGCAGAUUCCUGACAAUCUGUGAUAUGGUAUUCUGUAAGCUUCCUUGUACGCUGGGGCCAAGGCAGUAUACAUUCCUCUGACUCUAUACAGUUAUGACCGCAUUUAUUAUCACUCGCCCUACUAAUAGCCACUAACUAGAAUCUAGGUGAAAGCAUGGCACGGCUGUGGGAGCCCACAGCUGCUCCUCUUCCCGGUCGAUGAGCGUUUCGAUCCCCCACCCCCCGGGUGCCGUCCAGCCUGGCCGCCAGGGGGCGGGUGACAGUGUCACCUGACCAGGGCCCACGGCGUGGCCACCUCACUGGCAAGGCACGCCACGGGAGCCUCGAGGCUGGUUCUCGGUAUGAGAACAGUACCGUUCAGCCGUUGAACUUUGAAAAUUGGCACCAGGUGGAAAGGCCGGAGGGCCGGCUCCUGUGGUCACAGAGUGGCCGCAGGCCUUUCCGAAAGCAGAAACGAAGCCCUUCUCUCGCCCCAGCACGCGUUUCACCCCGCUCUCCUGGGCUUCCAAGCUUUGGCGUUCAGGCCCCUAUAUUUUCUGUAGGAAGAAUCGUUGAGAACACUUUUUUUAUAUAGGUAACUUUAAGACCAUCAUUACGCUGUGCGUAAAGAAUGUACAGAGAAAUUUGUAGGUAUUUUUUGAAGAACAAUUAAUUUGUUAAUAAUGAUAUGUAGCUAUUUAAUUUUUCCCUUUCCUAUUGUAAUCAUUCAUAUUUUUUUGUUUGGAAAAAAAAGUUGAUCUUUUUUUGUCGUAGUUUGUCUGUAAAAGUGCAGGAACACAGUUAUUCUAUGAGAACACUGCAUCUGCAUUAAUAGCCACUAGUUUGUUAUUGCUACAGGCUACUGAGCGUUAUAACAGGAAAACAACCCCACUGCUGACUGGCUCGGUGGAGAACGCUCCUGGGAUGGGUCUCUUUACCAGUGAACGAGGGCAUCGCUUUGGGCGGGAUUGGCGGUGCUGACGACCGGGUCCUUGGUGCACUGACCUGUCUGGGAUAGGCAGUACCCUGGAGGGGACCUCGGGCAGAGGAGCAGCAGAAAACCAAACACUUCACUGAGAAAGAGCACCCUCCCUGCUCUAAGAAGGGGCUCCGUGAAGUUCUUCCCAGAGCCGAGCCAUCUGCAGUGCGUUCUGACCUUCUCUCCAUGUUUGUAAAUCUGUAAUAUACCAUUCUCGGUGGCCUGUUUUUCCUGGAAGAAGAAAAAAAAAGGUUUGGCAGGCCAUCUUUUUUUUGUACUUAAAAGUAGCCUUAAGAACAAUAAUAAAGUGCUCUUAAACCACA